GUCGUCGUCGUCGUUGUCGUCGUCGUCGUCGUCGUCGUCGUCGUCGUCGUCGGAGAAUUGAAUAACCAGUAUUUAGCACGCUUAUUGGCCAUGAAGGUGAAGAGAUCGUCGGGAUGCUGCACGCUGUUAUGCUAGGGAGCGGACCGGGACGCGGUAGACGCGAGUGGUAUCCUGGAUUUUAUCUCCAAAGUCGUCGACUUGGCCGCAGGAUGAAUCGUGGCGAACAGGAGACUCUUUUCCGGCAGAGCCGACAAUUGACUCGCAUUGUACCAUCGCACGAGGAUCUUGUCCUUAGUGUCCUCAAGGCACCGAUAAGUCAACAACAACAACAACAACACAGACAACAUUAUCGAUAUCAUCAACAUCAAACGCAUUCGCAGGAACAUCAUUUCAACUGCCAAGCACAUUCGGGUCAUAGAAGGUGCAAUCAUUCAGGUGACACGUACAACAACGAGAGUCUUCCACGAAGCAAGGACCAAUGCUCUAGGCUUGCGGAUAAAAGAUGCAGUAGUAGCAGUUCAGCGGUUUAUGCUGCCCUUCAAGGUAGCGAGGAUGAGCUUGCUGAGAUCGAACAUUGUCUUGAGUCAGAAGACGCGGCCUUGAAAACGGCAGGAAGCGAGACAGAGGACACCGAGGACAACGGUGCACCGAUGGAAGAGCCACCCCCCUCGCCUACACGAAGAUUUACAUUUUUACGUCGCUUCCGUUCUCCACGUUUUGGCGAGGCGCAUCACAAACGAGUGCCCACGCCUAUGAAGAGGAAACACAGAAGAAAGAAAAGCAAAGACGACAUAAUCGAGAACGAGGUGAACGGUGCCGAGGAAGAACCACCUAGCCCUGAUCAAACUGGUGUACCUGAUCCUUACUAUCCCAUUUAUUUACCUAUCGAUCAGGCCUUCAAAGCAAAAUACGUGUUCCAUCAUAAGAAGGGGAAGACUUUUCAAGAGAGACUUUAUGUUUUUCUUGAACAUCCCGGUGGGUGGCUCUGCUUCGUCUAUCAUUUCACUGUGUUCAUGGUGGUAUUGGUGUGCCUCAUAUUUAGCGUAUUGUCAACGAUAGAUCAAUACAGUAACUUUGCGAACGAAACUCUGUUUUGGAUGGAAAUAUGUUUGGUGGUGUUCUUUGGUGUGGAAUACUUGGUCCGUCUUUGGAGUGCGGGUUGCAGAUCAAAAUACAUGGGAUGCUGCGGGCGGUUACGAUUCAUACGAAAACCGAUUUGUAUCAUAGAUUUAAUCGUUGUGGUGGCAUCUAUGGUGGUUCUUUCGGUGGGCAGCAACGGCCAGGUUUUCGCCACUUCCGCCAUAAGGGGGAUAAGAUUUUUGCAAAUACUGCGGAUGCUCCAUGUCGAUCGACAAGGUGGAACAUGGCGACUUCUCGGAUCAGUCGUCUUUAUUCAUCGCCAAGAGCUGAUCACGACGCUAUACAUCGGGUUCCUAGGUCUUAUUUUCAGCAGUUACUUCGUGUACCUUGCCGAAAAAGAUGCUGUCGGGCCCGAUGGAAAGACAGACUUUUCUAGCUACGCCGAUGCGCUUUGGUGGGGUGUGAUCACUGUAACCACGAUUGGUUAUGGUGAUACUGUCCCACAAACCUGGAUGGGAAAAAUCGUGGCAUCGUGUUUCAGCGUGUUCGCCAUAUCCUUCUUCGCACUUCCAGCCGGUAUACUUGGCUCCGGCUUCGCAUUGAAAGUUCAACAAAAACAACGGCAGAAACACUUCAAUCGACAGAUACCGGCCGCGGCUAUGUUAAUACAGUGUCUGUGGAGGUGUUAUGCCGCCGAUAAAGCAAUAAACAGCGUCGCUACGUGGAACAUUUAUAUAAAGGAUCCAACGCCAGCGGGACAACCAUCGACGCCAUUGGGAAAGUUGAUUUGUGUAAAGAAGAUGUCUCUGAUGAUCCAGGUGGCAAAGAAGGCGAGCGUACUGAAGAGACGGAAAUCUCGUAACCGGAUGGACGUCCAACAACAGCAACAGCAGCAGCAAUCUUUACCACCAGUUACGAUAUCCGGUAGUAUAUCGGCCAGUGGCGGCAGUGCUACUGCAUCUCAAACCGACAAUCAGCGUCUCGAGAACGAAGGAGAUGUUGUAUUUUAUAUGGAGGAACCCAAAGCGGGUACUCCUAAUCGUGCCAGACGUGACAAUCGCGUGUUUCCGAUUGGCAGGGGGAGCCUCUUUACUUCCCAGACAAGUUCGGUGACUGAGGCCACCAGCGAUGAAAUUGACAUUGACAUCGAGGAACCGCAAAGGGUCACAACGCUUACCGAGGCGCACAGAAAUGCCAUAAGGGCGAUCAGAAAGAUCAAGUAUUUCGUCGCCCGACGAAAAUUUCAGCAAGCGCGAAAGCCGUACGACGUGCGAGAUGUCAUCGAGCAAUACAGUCAAGGUCAUCUCAACAUGAUGGUGCGAAUCAAGGAGUUACAGAGGAGAUUGGAUCAGACCCUGGGUAAGCCAGGCAGCUACCUGGCAGGCAUCGACCGGGCUGGCAACGUGAAACCCAUGACGAUCGGCGCGCGCCUUUAUCGAGUCGAGCAGCAGCUGUCGGUGAUGGAUAAAAAAUUGGACCAACUUGUAUACGUGCUAAACGCGAUGGCUCAGAAACAGCAAAUCCCCCUAAGGAGUAUUGAGGACGAUGUGUAACAGAAAGCCCCCGGCGAAUUCGUGCCACCCUUUCUACGGGUAUCGAUGACGAACCCAUGGAUAUUGCCACGAGUGACCAUAACCAAUGUUGUACCUAACAUGCUUAGCGAGAGCAGCUGACUCGGCAUUAUUCCAAUAUACGUAGCGUCCGCUACUGGAACAUUUUUCUCUAUUCUUAUAUAUAUAUAUAUAUAUAUAUAUAUAUAUA